AUGGGAAAGGGAUGCCUUGCGAUCAGUGGGCCACCUCGGCUGAGGCUGGAAUCACCACCUAAAAGAGAAGCCCUCUGCCACCCAUCUGCUAAACACGACUUUGUGAGGUACAGCAGUGAGGCGAAGAUGACACUGAAGCUCAGAAGGACUUCCGGUCCGCAGGUGAAUGAGUGUCGGAGUCCCUCUGACCCUCAGCGUCUGCGUUUAAUAUGGCAACUGGACGAGGAUGGAUUGCCACACGGGCCCUGCACGGUCACCUACUCCUCCACGGACAGGUUCGAAGGCCACUUUGUCCACGGGGAGAAGAACGGACGCGGCAAGUUCUUCUUCUUCGACGGCAGCACCCUGGAGGGCUUCUACGUGGACGACGCCCUGCAGGGCCAGGGCGUCUACACCUACGAGGACGGGGGUGUGCUGCAGGGCUCCUACGUGGACGGGGAGCUGAACGGCCCGGCGCAGGAGUGCGACCCCGACGGCAGACUCAUCUUCAAAGGGCAGUACAAGGACAACGUGCGCCACGGCGUGUGCUGGGUCUUCUUCCCGGACGGAGGCAGCCUCGUGGGAGAGGUCAACGAGGACGGGGAGAUGACGGGGGAGAAGAUAGCCUACGUGUACCCCGACGAGAGGACGGCACUCUACGGCAAGUUCAUCGACGGAGAGAUGAUCGAAGGAAAGCUGGCCACCCUCCUAUCCACGGACGAGGGGAGGCCGCACUUCGAACUGACGCCUGGAGGUUCUGUGUACCACUUUGAUAAGUCGACUUCAUCCUGCAUCUCCACCAAUGCUCUUCUUCCAGACCCUUACGAAUCGGAGAGGGUGUAUGUGGCCGAGUCCCUCAUUUCCAGUGCAGGAGAAGGAUUGUUUUCCAAGAUACCCGUGGGUCCUAACACUGUUAUGUCUUUUUAUAAUGGAGUCCGAAUUACACACCAAGAGGUGGACAGCAGGGACUGGGCUCUCAACAGCAACACCCUCUCUCUGGACGAGGAGACGGUCAUCGACGUGCCUGAGCCCUACAACCACGUGACCAGGUACUGUGCCUCCCUGGGCCACAAGGCAAACCACUCCUUCACUCCAAACUGCAUCUACGACACGUUUGUCCACCCGCGGUUUGGGCCCAUCAAAUGCAUCCGCACCCUGCGAGCUGUAGAGGCGGAGGAGGAGCUCACCGUGGCCUAUGGCUAUGAGCACAGCCCCCCGGGGAAGAGCGGGCCCGAAGCCCCCGAGUGGUACCAGGUGGGGCUAAAGGCCUUCCAGGCCACCCAGCAGAAGUGAGCAGCCGGGCCUUGGGGCCAGACGCCCGGAAGAGACUUGGAUCUAUGCACUCCUUUCAUCCGCAACAGGACGACCGGGGAUGGCUCUCGCUGUGACUUCAGCCCCUCCUCCCGAGUUAGCACCACUUCUCGCGCACAUACUAACUAGGUUUGACUGUAUUACUCAUACCCGACUUAACAUUAGGUAGCUUCACCACGGUGUCCCGCUGAGAGGUAUUGGGAGCACUUGAUGUAAGACAGCAUGAUGCUCUUGAGCGGUUCAGGUCUAAAUCUGGACCACCUUUCGAGAUGCCAAAUAAUCAGACUAAAGGAAGAAAGGGGUAUGUGUUCGGUCCUGUUGUUGGUGGUUUUUCCAUGUUUUUUUUUUUCCUAUGGCCAGUGUAAAAUGUGUGACACAUUUGCACAUGUGCCCUAUGGAGGGUAGAGAAAAUGAUUAGAUCUUCACUCUCUAAACAUGGUAGUUUGCCUUUUAACUUUUGAUCUGUAUUUUAUACUAGAAUGGCUUUGGUUUGGGGAUUUUUUCCCCCUCUAGUAGGCAGAAAGAAGCCACUUUCUGCUGGGACCCACUCCCUAGCCUAGAUAUCCUGGAAUGAGAAAACUCCUGAGUGGGCUUGCAUCUCUGAUUUUGUUUCUAUACCAUCAUUUCAGUCUUAUGUCCUAAUAUCAAGUACUGGCUCUUAGGGCCAGGGUAUUAUUAUAGAAUUAUUAUUCUCGCAUGUAAACAAAGAUAUCUUUGCUUUCAGAUGUGAGAAGAAAUGAAUUUACUUUGUUUGUAUUAAGUUAUGGAAGAGUUUUAUAUAUAUACAUAUAUAUAUAUAUACACACACACACACACACACACACACAUAUAUAUAUAUAUGUAUAUUUUAAGAAGGAAGAAAGGACAAUUAGUAUUUCUAGGCAGCAAUUGUGGCACUUUUCCAGUAUCUUUGAUAAUGUUAGUAAGUUUCUUUCUCCUUGGAUGCACAUUACAUGUACAUAAACCUAGCGCAGUCUGGCUUGUGACAUGUCAUUGAAUUAAAAAGUCAAAUAGCAAACCUUGAAUUCUGCAUUAGAAUUCAAGAAUUUCUUUGAAAUCAGUACAAUGAAGGCAGACAUACUGACUGCCAGUUACAAAGCAAACCUUAAUGCUAAAAACUGUUCAUCAUGGUCAUUUCAAAGCUCUUAUUGCUUCGAAGCAUCCUUAGCUGAGUUCACACCUGUGCAGUUUCAAAGCAACAGCAUCCGUAGCAUUUUGGCCAUUUCGCAAGCCCGGUGAGAUCCCAACUUCAGAAAGCAGGAGGAAAACCCUUGUGUUUUAGGACAGCACAUUAGAUCUGUGACUUACUGGAAAGGCUCCGAAUGAAUUCUGAGAGUUGGGGCUUUCCUAAGUACACUCAGCACAUGCCCAUGCGCUGUCUGCUCCUGCUGCUUGGAGGAGGGGCAGGAAGGGGACUGAAGGGGGGGGCGGGAGGGUGUGGCCCUGUGAGCCACUGCUCUGCCUCUCCUGAGUAGUUCAGUCUUGAGAGCUGAGUCCUUGCAAGUUUCGAGGUGUUAGCAAGCCAGCUGAGGGAUGCUGCGGGUGUAGAGGAAGUGUAAGCCCUUGGACAGCAGGAAGUUGGCUGUCGGCUGGGUCACGCUGGGGUCAUAGAGAGGCACUCCUGAAAGUGCUCCGUCCUCCUUGCCCCCUCCUCUGGCCAGCUGCUCACGUGACCAGUCAGGCAGUCCCCGGAUGGAGGACGCAGCCCUCAGGACAAGCCCAGUACCGCCGACCUCCCGUCUGUCCCAGGCCUCUUGGCACUGCAGCUGUGGUAGUUUCUAAGAGAAGCACUUGGAUCUGUUUGGAAGCUUAAGCUCUUCCCGGGAGAGCAGCUGGUCAGGAUUUCCAGAAAGAUGUCCCAUGAAAGGAACUGAGUAGAGGUUUCACAUCAAGAGUUAGGAAGACAGGGUUACUUCUGUUCUUUGGAAAGAGACCCUCUGUCGGAUGAGCCGGAGCCUUGUGUGUGUUCAUAUAUGAUAGUCCACUGAAACGUGUCGCUGUGUGUUCUCAUGGGUGUUUGACACAUGAGGAUUCAUGGAAACGUGGCAGAAGUGGAUGGCUGUCUCCAGGAGAAAGUUGGCUCUCAUCGGACCUAGUCAGCUGGGCAGGGAGCGAGGCAGGGGGGCGGGAGCAGCUGCCAGUCCCUCCAACCACAGGCUGCGGCCGGCCGGCUUUCCUGGACCACACCGGCUGCUCGUGACUCCAGCAGGGCCCGGUUUCUGUCCUAAAGAGCUACUGCACUCUCCCAUUGGAGCCAAGCUGAAUGUUUCCAUAAAAGGGGUGGAUGAAUUGUAAGUGGAGAUUUAGCCAGUGAGUAGACACUGAGUGAUGGCCCGCUGGUGACACUGAAUGCUAGCACUCCCGUGACGCCACAGGACGGCAUGCUGGUUUGAACCCAGCGACCCUCAGACCCCUUGGGAACCACACACCCAGCCAAGCUCCCCCCGGCUUCCCCGGGACACUCCGCACACUCCCGGUGUCUUCCAGCAAUCCCUUUCCUCUUCUGCACUCAGAGGAGAGCCGGAGCCUGGGGGUCCGCGGGGAACCAGCCCAGCCCAGCACCCCAUUGUCUGGGCUCUGAGCUCCUCUCCUGCCAUGCCGGCCUCUCCCUGGCUGGCUCUCUGCAUGUCUUUCAGACCCUCCCCUGGGCCCCUGUCCCUCGGCACUGACUCCUGUGCUCUUGUCUGUCUGUCUGCCUCUGCCCUCCUGCUUUCCCACACACAUCUGUCCACUGUCUUUCCUACUUCCUUCCUGCUCUGUUUCUCUCUCACAUAAAGACUUACACACAUUCACAUACAUCGCUAACUGCUGUUCCCUCCCCCAACCCCCCCCCACAGCUUCAUCACAAGAGAGAGAGGCUGGAAGUUCAGUUCUAGAUAGAGAAAUAGGGUGGGAAUUAACUGCUGUGGAAGAGUGUUUUGACCUAAAGCAGAAAAGCCCUUGAUGAAUUAUUCCACCUCUCUCUCUCUCUCUCUCUCUCUCUACACACACACACACACACACACACACACACAGAGGCUGUGGAAGGAAAUGGGUAGGAAGCAGCUGCAUCUGGUCACUGCAAUGGCAUUGUCAUCCCAACAAAAAACACCUCCGAGCCCAGGCACCCAGGGAAUGCAGAGGCACCUCGCACUCCCCAGAGCAGCGGGCGCCUGCACGUGCAUGUCUUCCGUGGGGCUCCCUCAGAGCCGCCUGCAUCCCCUCCCGUGUGAGCAGACCUUCCCGUCGCAUCUUUCCUGUGAAAAGAUACUAUCCUGUAUUAGUUAGGAGCAGGUCCCAGCAGGCACUGGUUCAGACUCCCAGAAGUCACCGGAAAGAUGGUGCUUCCAGCCAGCAUGGAGGACAUCCACAGACCACACACAAGAAGGACUGGAGGGGUUUGCAGACCCCGUUUUUAGGUGACCCUGCCUCCCCCUGGAUCUCUCUGAGCAUCCAAGAAGGAAAGUCGUUUUUCAAGAUCUUUUUGAACCCAUGUGAGACUAGAGUUCAACCUCUUUGCACUCUGGGGUUCAUUAUACUUGAAAAACUAUUUCCUUCUCACCAACAGUCCUCCCCCCUUCUCCCCAAAAAAGCCAGCACAGCCAAAUGUCAUCUGCAAUAUUUAAGUGAUAUAGUAAACGUGCGUCGCUGGUGCCAGUGUGGUACCUGGCCUGGCUUUCACCCCAGCAAGUCAAAACACAAACAUGCCCAAACAGCAGGCUCAAGGGUUUUGUGGACAGUCAACGUGUGGCACUUUUAGUACCUUUCAUUUACUAGGCAUAGAAAACUUAAUCACUCACCGAAAAACGCAUUCUUCUAAGAAGAUAGAUAGGUUUUCUGUUUUGUUUCAAGGAGCUGCCUCCAAUUCUGUCUUCAUAGUGAUAUAGAAUUCAGACGUCUUGUCUUUUAGAAAAACAAGCAAAACUACCUCGCCAAACAGGUAGUUGUCAUGCUUCUUUGCCACAGAUCAGAGGUUGACAAAAUAUAUUAAAUUUACAUGUACUUGAGGUAUCUUGAUAGAUUGUGUUUGGGGGCUGAUUUUGUUUGGGGUUUGGGGGAUUUGGGUUUUUUUUCCUUGACUUUUUCCCUUCAGGAAUUAGGAACCUCCAUGCCAGGGGUUUUGUUUUGUUUUUGUUCUUGUUUUUAAAAUACUAAAUUUUACAAGUUUUCUUUUGCCAAAUGUGUGCGUCUAUAUUCAAAGCAAUGAAACUAUUUCAAGCCAUACAACCACAGGGGGUAGAAACUCCUUUCACAAAUUUUAAUGUGUUUGUAUGUAAAUAGAUGUUUGUAUGAAAUAUUUUCAUGGUUGAAUGACUAUAUUUAAAUGAAGUUGACUUAUUCCAGUGCUAUUUAAACACAUGACAAAAAAAUUUUUUUUUGGUGAGAAUUCUGAGUCUACUGAGAUAUAAUGCAGAUCAAUUUUGAUUUUUAAACUCAAAGCCUACAGAUUCCUCUGGGCGCUGUGUGUGUCAAGGGGCCCCGUAGGCUCCCAGUGCCUCAGCCGCUUGCUUGCGGGUGGUAAGUUCGGUGCUAACGGAAGUGUGUUUACCUUUUAGGGAUUCCCGAGGGCCUGGGGCCCGAGAGCGAAUCCGAGGCAUUAGAGACACGGUGCAGUUAUCCGGAGCACAAUUUCUUUGCAGGGCAACA